AUGUCUCAUUAUUAUAAUAGAGAAGAAAAAAGGGUCACUGGUGCUGUUGCUUUUGCAUCAUUUGAUGACAAUGGUGAUGUAAAAAGAGUUUCUGGUGAAAUCCAUUUUACACAGAGUUCAAAAACAUUCACAUAUAUAACUGGACAAUUCAACAGUGGUUUUAUAAGCAGAGAUAGAAAUGAUUAUGAAUUCUUAAUUAUUGAUAAUAAUAAUAAUGUAAUAUUUGAUUUUACUAAUCAAAUUAGAAAUCAAUUGUCUUUUAAUCGUCCUGGAACCGGACCAUUCAAAUUUAACGAAAGACUCCAAGUUAGAGAUUUAAAGGGUUUAACUAUCAUUGUAGUAUUCGAUAGCAAAGAAAUUGGAAAUGCUAGAAUCAAACUUGUAUAA